CUGGGCUCUUUUCUUCUCACACAUAUUUGCCUGCACUAACGGUCACUGAUGGUGGCCCUGCAAAACACCUGGGUAGCGCCACAAUCUUUCAGGUAGGCCCCUGCUGACACCUGAUGAGCCCCAUUGCUUCCCAUGGGUUUACUCCAGGGUAGCUGACUGGAACUCGGUAGCAACUGUAUUGAUGGCACACAAGAAAGAGGAGAAACGCUGGCGCAAAGAUCCCUUUUUUUCAGCCUUCACUGAAAUGCAGCCAUCUCUGGAAUGGACUCGGCUGCUGUUUUCCAGGGCACAGCCAUGCUGCAUAGCAGUUUAAAGGUUCUUCUGCCUUGGAUCCAGUAAAGGGACAGGGCAGUAGCUUGGGUGGAAGGGACAUAAUAACCUGAAGUGGAGUCUAACCAGGACUCUGAGGCUAAGGAUUCUUGCCAGCCCCGUGGACUCUGUGGCCAUGCAGUUAUGGGGCUCUGGGCAUCGGCAGAAGGGAACAUGGGGGCUGGCUGAAUUGCAGGGUGUGCAGUGUGGCUAAGUGCUGUUUUCUGUGCUGUAGGAGCUGGAGUGGGCCCAGCAGAGGGAGGCGCUGCAGUGUCUGAAGCAGCAGGAGCUCCAAGAGUUCGCAGAGAGUUUGGAACACGUGAAGGCCAGGGCCCUCCAGGAUCAAGCCGCCUCCUUCCAGAAGGAAGUGGAGAAUCUCGCCAGGGUGAUCGAGGCCCGAGAUGAAGAGAUUCGGAGGCAGCGGGAGACCAUGCAGCAACAGAAGGAGUCUACACAGCAGCUGGUCAGAGAGCUGAAGCAGGAAGCUAAGGAGAUGGUUCAGAGUGCUCUGCUUCAAGAGCAAAGGAAGUGGGAGGCUGAGAAGAGGGAAGCGCUCCAGGUGCAGUGUAGGACGCUGGAAGAGCAGAGCCAGAGAGCGCAUGUGGAGGCCCUGGACAAAGAGAAGAGGACGGUGUCAGUUUUGCAGAAUAAAACCCUGGAGUACCAGCAGAGAAUUCAGGAGCUGGAACUCCACGGCCGCUCACUCCAGCAGGAGAAGCAGGAGGCACUGGACGAGCUGCGAAUGUUGCUGCAGGAGGAGAAGACGGAGGCACUAAGGAGACUGCGCAAGGAGCUGGAGCAGGAGAGGGCUCAUGAGAGUGAUCAGCUGAGAGUGAGGCUGCAGCAGCUGGAGGAGGAGCAGAGCCACUUGCGGGCUGAGCAGAAUGAAAUGUCCUCCCGGGAGUGGGAGGCGCAGAGCCCAUCUCCCCUCUCGGCCAGCCACGCACUCCAGCUCCUGCAUGCAGUGACCGAGGAGACCCAGCGCUACCUCGGAGCCUUGCAGCAGGAGCUGGAAGCUCAGAACCGCACCAUGCUUCACUUCCAGGAGGAGAAGGAGGGGGAGCUGAGGCAGCAGCGAGAGCAGCUUCACUUGGAGAGCAAGGAAGCCCUGGAGGCCCUGAAGGAGCAGCUGAUCCAAGAGCACCUCCAGGAGAUCGCCAGCCUGCAGCGCAGCCACUUGAAGGAGGCCGGGGAUGGGGAGCAGCAGAUGCUGCGCCAGCAGCUGCGGGAGAAGGACCGUGAGCUGCAGGCCAUCCAGAGGAGCAUGGCCCACUGGAAAGACCAGACUACCUCCAAGCUGGCCCGCAAGUUUGAGGAGGAGCUGAAUGCGGCGCUGGAGACGCGCUUCUCCUGGGACAGACCCAGGGGCCUUCGCAGGAGUGUGGAGAGACUGGACGCAGAAAUCGGGCGGCUUUCCACGGACCGGAGCGAGCACAUCCAUCUCUGCCCCACCGCCUCCUCCUCCUCCGCCCCACUCGGGCAGCAUGGCUUUGUGUCCUCAAAGCUCCUGCACCAGCUGCAGGGCCGCGUGAGGGAGCUGCGGGCAGAGAAUGCCCUCUUCCGGGGAGGCAGCCUGGAGGACCUCGCCGCCCUGCGGGCAGAGCCAGGCCAGACGGGCAGAGAAAAGGUAAUGGGGCCAGCGCGCUCCCUGCAGCCUGGCCAGAGAGACGAGCUGCAGGCUGUCAUUGCCCCAUUCGGCUGCGCAGGCUCUGCAGCCAUGACCUACCAGUGCUGGGUUCAGCGGCCCAAUCCUCAAAGAGGCGCCUGA